ACAACCAACAUCACCAAAACCCCCUGCACAAUGGCCCGAACAAAAAAAACUCCAACCCGUGCCCGCACCCCACCGAUAACCUACACCGAGAUCCCCCUGAAAACCCCAACCCGCCACGCGCCAUCCGGAAAAACCCUAGUGGACAUAAUAGACACCCACCGUCCACGAGACCCCUCCGGUGCCCCGAUCCCCUCCUCUACCCCAGCCGAAGAGGAAGAAAUCUUCGGCCCAGGAAUGCAAGCAUUCUGUCUCACCGUUCCAUUCUGCAUGUUAUUGGGCACCUUCGACUACCUCGUGCACCUCCAAUACCGUCAAGAAGUCGACUUGAGGGGGAUUAUCUGGAGGGUUAUUAAGGCUUCGCCAGGUAUAACACCACCCCCCACCAGCCCCGCUGGAUAUAUAUCCCUGUCGUGACUAAUCAGAUAUAGCGAUAUUUUCCAUAAACUACGCUUUCCACUCCAGGAGGAAUUGGCUUUCCGUACAGCUCCUGUUGUUGACGAUAAGUGUACUUGCCGGGUGUUGGCUCGUCAGGGCGGUUAAUCGUACGGGGUAUUAUGCUGUUAUGAAGAGGGCGCCGCAGGUCGGGACUUUGUGGAUUUGGGCCGCCGUUGAGAUGAAUUUGGUGCCAGUUCUGGGCAGCUGUUUGCUUGUUGGGGGGUAUAGUUGGUAUUUUGGGUACAGUUGGGUUUAGGUUAGGUGCUUAAGGGAUUGGGGGGUGUAGGAGAAAGGGAGGGGUACUGAUUACAGCACAGUUCCGGUAUCUUGGGGCAAUGUUUGGGUUAGCGUCUGUGUUAAAGUGAACAAUAUGAUACCUUUAGGCUUCUUCA